UUUCAUUAGCCUUUCUCCCCCAAACCCUAGACCUUCGAGGAGAAGAACGCCGAGAGAAAGAGAGAUGGGUAGAGUUAUCAGAGCUCAACGUAAGGGAGCUGGAUCUGUAUUCAAGUCCCAUACUCAUCAUCGUAAGGGACCUGCAAGAUUCAGGAGUUUAGAUUUUGGUGAAAGAAAUGGUUACUUGAAAGGUGUAGUUACUGAAAUCAUUCAUGAUCCAGGACGUGGUGCACCGUUAGCCAGAGUUACUUUCCGUCAUCCAUUUAGGUACAAGCAUCAGAAAGAGUUGUUUGUUGCAGCUGAGGGUAUGUAUACUGGUCAGUUUUUGUACUGUGGGAAGAAAGCUAAUCUGAUGGUUGGUAAUGUUUUGCCAUUGAGAUCAAUUCCUGAAGGAGCUGUUGUUUGCAAUGUUGAACAUCAUGUUGGUGAUAGAGGUACUUUGGCUAGAGCUUCUGGUGAUUAUGCUAUUGUUAUCAGUCACAACCCUGAUAACGGAACCUCAAGAAUCAAGCUUCCUUCUGGUGCCAAGAAGAUUGUACCAAGUGGCUGCCGUGCUAUGAUUGGCCAAGUUGCUGGUGGAGGUAGGACUGAGAAGCCCAUGUUGAAGGCAGGAAAUGCAUACCACAAGUACAGAGUCAAGAGAAACAGCUGGCCUAAGGUUCGUGGUGUGGCUAUGAAUCCAGUUGAGCAUCCCCAUGGAGGAGGUAACCAUCAACAUAUUGGACAUGCCAGUACUGUUCGUCGUGAUGCACCUCCUGGUCAAAAGGUUGGUCUCAUUGCUGCCAGGAGAACUGGUCGGCUUCGUGGACAGGCUGCUGCUACUGCUGCUAAGGCAGAUAAGGCUUAAGUUAGAUUAUAAUAUUUUCUGGAUCUCUUUUUUGAUACAUUUUGUUGCUAAGUCUUGGAUAAUAGUCUACAUUGAGGGAAGUAGUUUCAGAAAGAAUUGAAGUUGUCUACAUUGAGGGAAGUAGUUUCAGAAAGAAUUGAAGUUGUUUUUGUUACUGCGGCAAGUUUUGGAUCUCAAUUAUUAGAGUUUUUAUGGAACCUCUUGCUACGUUGUAUGUUUUUAAGUUUUUACAUUCCUAUUUAUUCUCUAGUUGCUGAGACUUUUAGUGGCCCUGGUUAUCUCAAGAAGUCUUAUUUGCGGAACUUGACUUA